GAAAAAAGCAUGUCAACAAUCAUUAACAAUGCCUGAAAUAAAAUCUGUACAAUCAAAAUUUAAAACAAUAAAAUCAUCCACAUCUACAUCAUCAUUAUUGUUAUUAAAAUCAAUUGCAACAGUUGUUGAUCCAAAAAGUUUACCUGGCCUAGUGGAAAAUAAUCCAAUUAUUGCACAUGAAUUAUUACCAAUAUUGAUUGAACAAUCAUCAUUAAAAAAUCAAUCAUUACAAUCACCAUCAUCAUCAACAACAAUGAAAGAUAAUGAAAUAAUUAUUACAAUGUCAACAAUACGUAAUUAUCUUGCUGCAUUAGUCGAUAUGGAUACAUCAUUACAUUCAAUCGAAGUUGUUAAUAAAUUAUCCACACAGCUAUUAUUACCAGAAGAAUUUAUCUAUCGUUAUAUAACAAAUUGUAUACGUACAUGUGAAAAUAUUAAAGAUCGUUAUCAACAGAAUCGUUUAGUACGUUUAGUAUGUGUAUUUUUAACAGCAUUAAUUAGAAAAGAUAUUAUUGAUAUAAGAAAAAUAUUUUUUGAAAUACAAGCAUUUUGUAUUGAAUUUUCACAGAUACGUGAUGCAUCAACAUUAUUUCGUCAAUUAAAACAAUUGGAAACACCAUCGAAUGAUUUAUCACCAUCAUUAACAUCAACAACAUCGACAACAACAACCACUGAAUCAUCAUCAUCAUCAUCGGGUAUCGGUGAUUUUCAAAUAUAAUUCAUUUAUUAUCGUUAUU